AUGAAAGGACUACAUUUACUCCUAGCACUGAUCUUUGUCCAGGGUUUAUACUGUGUAGAGGCCAAGCCCCCACCGAAGGGAGAGCCACCGAAAGAAGACUUACAGUUGCGCAACUUUUUACGUGCACUUCAGAGUUACAUCACAAAGAAGACCUUUUAUUCAGAUUAUCGGUUGAGAUCAAAUGAAGAACAGGACAACUCUUUGGAAAAGGAGGUACUAAGCCCUAUCGACGAAGAAGAAGCAGAGAGCCAGACCGUGUUGAUUGGGAAUAAAGAUGUCAAGCCAAAAAAUUUACACUUUAACAAAGAACAAGAGAGGGAUGACAGCAAGGAUAAGCAUCCCCUAACUCCAGUCGUCGGGAUUAAAAGGAACAUAGCAACAAGAAACUUUGGUAUAUCAAGAAGUGCCUUGUGGGCGAACGGUGUCAUUCCGUACCAGGUCGCUGCUGAUUCCUUUGGUCCAGACUAUAGCAAAGCCGUUGACAUUGUACAAAAUACAGCUGCAAAUAUAUCAAAAUCAACAUGUGUAAAAUGGCGACCCAAAACAAGUUCAGACAAAUACUUUGUCAAAAUAACAGGAGACAGCGAUGGGUGUUAUUCAUACGUUGGAAACAUUGAAAAAGAGAACGGUCAAAUACUCAAUCUAGGAAGGGGAUGUCUGGAUGGAUAUAUUGUCCUUCAUGAAAUGCAUCAUGCAAUGGGCGGAAUUCACGAACAACAAAGGAACAGACGAAAAAUGUUUGUGAAGAUUAAGUGGGAAAAUAUAGAUAAGAACAACAAUGAGCAGUAUGCUCGAAGAAGACAUACGGAAAACAUUGAUGUUUAUGACUAUGCGUCAAUCCUUCAGUACCAUUUAUCUGCAUUUACCUCAAAUGGCAAACCAACAAUGACUCUUCAUGAUCAGGACCUAACUUUUCUUAUCUCCGAGAGCAAAUAUGAGCUGUCGUUUUAUGACAAGGCGGAAAUAAACAAAGUUUAUGACUGCACUUCUGAGACAUGCAAAAUUUCCUGCCAAAACGAUGGAUUCCGAAUGCAGGCGGUAGAUCAGACAACCUGUCACUGUCACUGUCCAUCUGGCCUGAAGGGCCCCACAUGCGAGGAACUCGAAACUGACGAAGGGUGUGGUAAAACAAUUAUUCUUUCAAAUGGUGGCUCCGAUGAAAUAAAUAUGACACCUUACUCUUCUGGAAAAAUAUGCACAUGGCUUGUUAAAGCAGAGUCCGACUCCUUGAUUAAGGCAACCGUGACAUCCAUUGACCUCCCAUUCAGCAGCCAAGACGACUGCUACCAUUGGAUAGAAUUAAGAUACUAUCUUAUUGGCGAUAGAGGAAAAGAAUUAUGCGGUAGAUCUACGGAUCCUAGAACCUUCACUCAGAUGAACAUCGGGAAGGCGUCUCCUUUUUUGAUUCGAUUUAACAGUAAAAAACAUCAUACUCCAGGAACUGGUUUUACAGUCAAAGUGGAAGCCGUCAAAUCAGGUUGCAUUAAUUCUCCUUGUAAGACUGGAUCUCUCUGCAUCGAAGGGAGUGGAGAUGGUUCUUACAUGUGCAAAUGUCAAAAUGGGCUCUCAGGAAAAAACUGCGAUGAGUUUGGAGCGUCUUCCAGUAACCAUUGCAACUUUGAGGAUGAUUUUGGAACCUGUCUAUUUGAUCAAGACCCGUCCUCGGAGAUUCUGUGGAGUUUCAAUACGAAAAUGUGCAGCUUUAACAAUUGUGCCAGAGCGCUGACCCAUGGUACUGACUAUCAGUUUCUAACACUCACUCCAUAUUACGACAGUGUGGAAUACAGCAUGGGAUUCAAGGCAGUCAUUAAAACUACCGCCAAGUUUACAGUCGCUGACCGUUGCUUAUCAUUUGAGUACGCUAUCGGAAACUAUGCACUUAAGUAUUCUUUAACCGAACUCAACAUAUAUGUAGAAGGUACAGGCAAAAGUAAAACAAGGGUCAAGCACGUUUGGACAACAGAUUAUUCCUGGAAGACAGAGAUGGUGUCAAUUAAAGCAAUUGAUAACUUAGUGAUUAGCAUAGAAGGCGUCAUAGGUUAUCAAAUAAUUGGUGUUGACAACAUUGCACUCCGUCCAGGCUUAUGCACAAAUACUCACUGCAACCCAAAUCCGUGUCAAAAUGGUGGUACAUGCAACGAAUUCAUUCGAAAGUCAGAAUCCAAUUUUGUUUGUGCUUGUCAAACAGGAUUCUCUGGAGAUCUUUGCGAAACCUUGGAGUAA